AUGCACCAGCGCCUGUUUCAGAACCUAUAUAUACAGCUCCUUUGUUUGAUUUUCUUUCUUACUAUGUCUACCAUGGCCUCGUUCUCAAUGGCAUCACUCAAAGCGGGUUUUUAUAAGAAAAGUUGCCCUUCUGCCGAAGCAAUUGUGAGAAAAGCUGUGAACAAAGCUGUGUCAAAAAAUGAUCCUGGCAUAGCUGCAGGCCUCAUUAGACUGCAUUUCCAUGACUGUUUUGUUCGGGGCUGUGAUGCGUCUGUUCUAAUAGAUUCAACCCCCGGAAAUCCAGCAGAGAAAAAAAGCGAAGCCAAUCCAACCUUGCUAGGCUUUGAAGUGAUUGAUGAGGCGAAGUCAGAAAUCGAAGCUAAAUGCCCUCAAGUUGUCUCGUGUGCGGACAUUCUAGCUUUUGCUGCUCGUGAUAGUUCCUAUAAAGUUGGUGGUAUAUAUUAUGAAGUGCCAUCAGGACGUCGCGAUGGUAGAGUAUCUUUAGAGGAAGAGCCUAUCAAGAAUCUCCCACUACCUUUCUUUAAUGCAAAGCAACUCAAAGAAAAUUUUGCAAGAAAAGGCCUUAGUCUGGAUGAAAUGGUGACACUUUCUGGGGCACAUUCUAUAGGUGUGGCACAUUGUACUAACAUCUCACCUCGUUUAUACUCUUUCAAUUCAACACAUCCACAAGAUCCCUCAAUCGACCCCAUAUUCGCUAGAAACUUGAAGGCGAAGUGUCCCCCAGAACCAGAUUCCAGAAAUGGAAGCGAUCCUGCAGUGGCACUAGAUGUUCUCUCACCAAACAAACUGGAUAACAAGUACUACAAAGAUUUGAAGAACCACCGUGGCAUAUUGACAUCUGAUCAAACUCUUUUUAGCAGCUCUUCAACUAAAAAGAUUGUGUGGAAAUAUGCAAGGAAUGAUGCAGUUUGGGCCAACAAAUAUGCUGCGGCUAUGGUGAAAAUGGGUUCCAUCGAUGUUCUCACAGGAAGACAGGGUGAGGUCAGGAAGGACUGUAGGUUUAUUAACUAG